GAAAAGAAAAUCCCCCAAAAUUCACGCAAUGCAGCGGAAGUCAAGUUCCUCCAUCUUCUUGCUUUCCCUCGUCUUUCUUCCUCUCAUUUUCUCCGACGCCAGAGAGUCGAAUCUCCCCGGAGGUUGGUCGCCGAUCGAGAACAUCACGGAUCCGCACGUGACGGAAAUCGCAAAGUUCGCCGUCAGCGAGUACAACAAGCAGUCGAAGGCGAGUUUGGAAUUGGUGAAGGUGGUGAAAGGCGAGAGUCAGGUGGUUUCAGGCAUGAAUUACCGGCUGGUUUUGAAGGCGAAGAAUGGAACGGCCGUGAAGACGUAUCAGGCCGUCGUGUGGGAGAAGGAGUGGCAGAAUUACAGGAGUCUUACCUCCUUUAAUCUCGUCAAGGGUUAAAUUUGAUUGUAAUUAUAAUAAUAUGUGUUUAUGUAUGUUCAUCGUGUUGUUUUAUGUCGAACUUUGAUGUUUACUUAACUGAUUGGAGAAUAAAAACUAGAGUAAUUUACAUUUG